AUGAGCUGUCUAACGUGCUUCUCCUUCGGGUGCCAAUUCUACAGUGUGAACUCGAGUGAUGUCCAGAAUUUAUUCCAGCGCAUUGAGAAGCUUGAAAAGGCUCUGGUUAGGGCUGGGACAACUGACGAGCAAGAUGUGUCGAGCGCUGGAGAGCCAGUAACACUUGUUUCCCCGGAGACCAACUCUCCCAACAUCUCAAGGAGGCCAAGUAGUGGUGGGGAGUCAACUGUCUCUGAACGAUCUCCUUCCCCUGCCGCUUGCGCACAAGCAUCUACCACCUCCUCUGGUCAUCCUAACAGCGAGCAUUCCCGCGAAGACACCACACUUGCUAAACAACUGGGACCUAAUUGGUUUUUCAAUGGAAUACCAAUCUCCUCUAAAGCCGGCCACCAGUGGAUAUCAACUAGAACAGACCAGCCUGCCGAGUGGAUCGAGUUCAUUAUUCCCAUCAAAACUUCCUCUCCUAUUUCGACAUUCCAGCCCUAUUCUAUACAACAGGCAUGCGAGCUACCUGAUAAAGAUUCCACUCGUGAAAUUUUGAACGCCUUCUUCAAAUCUUCCCCCAGACUAUCGUUUCCCGUUUUAGACAAAGUGCUAUUUCAGUCGACGAUAGAGACCGCAUACGCGUCUUCAAACAAGAUGACAUCUUCAUCUAGCCAAAUAGCAGCUAGAAGUUGCGUUUUUAGCGCUCUCUCUAUAGUGUCUCAUUUAGAUAUGUCGAGGCAGAUACCUGCUUCGAUGGAUGCGGAUGUAUGUGCUGAUAAGGCUCAUUAUCUGUUAACGCAUAUUACUGGAGAUAAUAGCUUGGAGACUCUCCAGACAGCAAUCAUGUUGGUGAGUCAGAUGAGAUAG